AUGAAGUAUAUUCCAAAUUUUAUUGAAAAGGAUACUGAAUACAAAGCAUGUGAAGAUAAAAUUAAUACGGUAUUAGAACAUAUUUAUAAUUUAAAAUUUGUAAUGAAAGUAAUAGAGUCAAAAGCAAAUUCAAGUGUAGAUGAAGAAAAUGUAAAAGAAGCGAAAGAGAAGAUGGAAAUAGUUCAAGAAAAGAUUGAUAAUUGUUAUGAAUUAAUAGAAAAAAUAGUAGGAGAAAAUAAAAUUUUAGCACAACGAUAUUGUUAUUAUUCAUAUUUUUAUUCAAUUAUAAUUGAAGAUGAAUUAGUAAGUAAAGAAGUAUUUAAUGAGAAACUUGGUUCAGAAAAUAUUUAUUCAUUUGAUAUGAAUAUAAAAGAAAAUGAAGACAAUAUUCAUAGAACAACAAUGAUUUAUAUUAUUUGUAAAAAUGAUUCUACAAUUAAAAAAUUACAUUCAUUUGUAAAUGAUAUGUGUUGGAAUAUUCAAAAAGAAAAUAAUUAUCAAGAAUGGUAUGAUUCAAAAAUAAUGGAACAUACUUAUGGAACUGAUGUUUGUUUCUAUAAUAACCCUAAUGAUGAACGUCACUCAAAAGAAUCUGAUAAUCAAAUAUAUACUGAUUUAAUUGAAAAAAUUAUGAAAUUUAAAUAUGAUUUUCAAACUGCAAAGAAAAUUGUUAGAGUAUUGUCUAUUGAAAAUGAUAGUAUUUGUGAAGUUAAAGAAUUAAUAUUUUCAAAAGAUCUUAAAAAGAAAUCUGAAGAUAUUAUUACUGCGUUACAAGAUUUUGAUUAUUGGGUUGAAUAA